AUGGUUUUACAUCACGCGCCGUUGCUGAUGAAGCACUUCAGCGAAAUGAUUGCCUUCAGUCAGGAAGAUAUGAUGAUUUUAGGGUUGAACAUGCUCGUCUGCAUCGUCGUCUUCUUCAUAAUGAAAAGCAUCAGAGGGUCUCAAACGCACAGUUGGUAUCUGACGUUCUACGCGAGUUUCGUGUCUUCUUUCGUCGGUUUGUAUUUUGGAUAUCACUUACUACACGAUGGAUUCACAUCGACGAUAUCGAACGAGACGGUGAUUUCGAGGUACAUCGCUUUAUUCUUCAUCGGGUAUUGCGUCAUGGAUUUGGUCGUCGGAAGCGUGCAUUAUGUGGAAGAGAUAUCCUUCGAAGACGGGUGGAUCCAUCACCUGUUAUACAUCACCAUUUGUUAUUUCUUGCUCCACCACGAGAUGACGGCGUUUUUCGCCGUGGCGCUGAUUGAGGAAAUACCGGUGGUUUUGUUAUCUUUCUUUGAAGUCAGGAACAAACAACGUCCGUCUUUAUUGUUUGGCGUGUUGUAUUUCCUAACGCGAGUAGUCUUUCACACGGUAUUAAUUUACAAAGUUGGACAAUUUUCGCACUUUGUUUUGUUCUCGGGAAUGGUCUUGCUCACGUGGCACGUGAAAGUUUUCCAAAAGUGGGUGCGAGGGUAUCUCAUGCGCUCCGCGUCCAGGAAACGGAUGAAAUACAGACAUAAAAUGCUCAUCAUGUUGAGCAUGCUCAUCGCGCAAGUGUUGGUGCACUCGUACGCUAUGUGGGAUUUAGUCACGCAAAAGUACGAGGAUCAUCACCAGGAUUCGAUACCCGUCAUCGCUUUACACGGCGCCAUAUUUCUCUACUUUAUGACGUUAUUCGGCGUUAUGAUUCACGACGUGUACUGUCAAAAUUUCAUCAUGACGUCGAUUGGGAAGAAGAAAAUCAUUUACAACAUCAGCUGGGAAGACCCAGCUAUCGAUCAUAAGGUCAUGCACAUGAACGAAGACGACGUCGUGUUGACGAUUUCUUCCGCCGGGUGCAACGUUUUAGAUUAUUUGUGCGAAGGGCCAAAAAAGAUUAUCGCGGUGGACAUGAACGCGGCGCAGUUACACACGUUAGAACUGAAGUUGGCGUGCAUCAAAGCGUUAACCUGGGAGCAGUUUUUCGCCAUUUGGGGUCGAUCCGAUUACAAAGUUUUCAUCGCGGUGUACAAAUCGAAGCUUCGUAAGUUGCUCCAAGCGGAAACCGCGGAGUUUUGGGAUGCAAACACGCACUUGUUCCGCGAUAACUUCAUGUAUGCCGGAACAUCUGGUUUGAUGGCGAAGAUUUUGUGCGCACCGUUAUGGUUAGCCGGCGUGCACAAACGUAUCGUGAGCGGAGAAGAUGUCGGCGGCGACCGCGGCGGAUUCUUCUUUUGGUGCACGAUGAAGAUCUGCUCCUUCACCACGCUCUGGUCGUGGAUUGCCCCGUUAGGUGGUGUUCCAAUCGAACAACUCAACUUAGUCAUGCGUAAUCCGGAGGUAUUUGUGGAGCGCUUAGAGGAAGUUUUAACCACGCGAAUGUGGAAAAGAGGAAACUACUUUUAUUACGGGUACAUUGUCGGCGAGUUUUCGCCAACGUGCUGCCCCAGGUACUUAGAAAAGAAGAAUUUCAAGUCUUUGAAGGAGCGCACGGACCGAGUGGAGUUAUUUCACGGCACCUGGGCGGAUGCCGCAGAAAAGGAAGGCCCGGGAUCUAUUACCAUUGCAUCCUUGCUUGAUUCUAUGGAUUGGAUGCCGCAUCAGAUGAUUGCGGAGAACAUUUCGAAAGUAGUCACCGGAAUGGAUAAAGAGAGAGGAAGGAUUUAUUGGAGAUGUUUUGGUGAUCGCGUGCACUCACCGGUGCUCGGACACCUUCGCGCCAACUUAGUCCCGGAUUACGAUCGCGUCGGGUGGUACUUGACCACGUUCAUCGGUCCAACUCCGGAGAAUUACGAGCCGAAAAUGAUUACUUUGAACGGCACGAACAGGAGCAUUUCCAACACGAUCUUUGACGAUAUGUUGGUCAUGUAUGCCAUGGCUAGUCACGGUUUGAGCUCAAACAAAGACGUGAAGAAGUUUUAUAAGUCUCAAGGCACUCGAUACGACGGCUUUCGUGAAGCUUUGUUGCCACACAGAGACGUUUUCAUGCAAUACGUCGUUCCGUGGACAAAGAUGCCAAAGACGUGGAUUUCGGUCGGAUGCGGCACGGCGAGGGAUAUCGAAUUUGUCACCGAACAUAUUCGCGAAUCGAAAACGAAAGUGUAUUUGUGCGAUUUAUCGGAUGCUUUGUUAGCCAUGGCAAAAUCUCGAGUGAAGGCGCUCGGUUUGACUAAACAAGUUGUUUUCAUCGAAGGCGAUAUCAACGCCGCGGAGACGCAAAAGAAACUUCCAGCUGAAGUGGAUUUGGUGACGUGCUCGUAUUGCUUGACGAUGAUUCCUCCGUGGAGAGAGGCUUUGAAUACGAUGAAAGAUCUCGUCGCGCCGGGCGGGAACUUGUGUUUGAUUGAUUUCACCUUGCGCGAAGGCGUCGAGGAUAGGUGGGAUCAAAGAUUGUACAAGUGGUGGUUUGCGCACGACGGCGUGUAUUUCAAUCGCGCGCACGUCGACUUUUUGGAACAACAAAGAGAUUUAGAAACCGUGUGGUAUUCUGAAAACGAAGGCAGAGUACCGUACACGCCGUUUAUGCCUACGCAUUACAUGUAUUGCGCGGAGAAGAUUUCCAUCGAGAAGAAGAAAACCAACAAUCGUCGCAUAAAUGGCCGGUCGCCUUCGCCGACGCCUCGAGCUUCGCGAGGUUCUGCGGCGUCUUCGGCUAAGAAGACUGCUACGAAAAAAAGUGGCAGCGGCGGUGGUAAGCGUCGAUCGAUGUCUCCUACGCCUCGUCGCAACACGCGAAGAACGCAAUGA